GUGGAAUGUUUACAAAAUACAAAUAUUUGUUGACGUUUGAUAGUGCGUGCGUUUCGUAGCUACCUUUUGGAAAUAUGCGUUACUCCACACGGAGUUAUAAAAUUUAAUUUUAAACUAUUAAAUGGAUUUGUUAAAUGAUUCAUCAUUCAAACUAAAAUACCAGAAAGCUAAGUUGAAAGUUAAAUUCUGGGAGAGUGAAUUCAAAAAAGCUAAUGGCUGCAACCCUACUAAGAAUGAUAUCCGUUCAGCUGCUGAAAAAGUUAGAGAUGCAUACAAAACAUAUUACCAUCUUAAGUCACUCAUUCUACAAAAAUCUCUCAUGGAAAUAUCAUUUUCAGAAGACUGCGAAAACAGCUCUUCGUUUUCAAACAGCGCUUUCUCUGCCCUAGAGACAAAUAAGAAAAAUGAUAUUCUUGAGGAUUCGCAAAAUGACACAAUUGAUACUACAGACUCCAUGAAUUUACAUCAACUGGAAGCUAGUCUAGAAAUAUGUAGUCCUAUCACUCCAAUCGACAUCAACAGCUUUAGUGGAAGCAGUGAUGCCGUUCCUGAAGGAAUGUUGCCUGCAGCUUGCGAGAAAAAUGAAGAGGAAUCGAAAAUCGCUAAUGAAUUGAAGAAUGUAAAGGGGGUUUGGGGGAUCCAUUUGAACGUGAAAAAGGAAUGUAAGCCAGAAAAUAAAAAAUUGCCCAUUAUUGAAACGCGUUCAUCUCAGCUUUCCCAGAAGCUGUUUGCUGGGGCCAAAUUUAAGAUAAGGAACCCUCGGAAACCCCUGUCUGUUUCGCGAACCUUGAAGCGCAACCGAUCCGACAGCUGUGCAAUAGAAAGCAUUUCAAAUUUUGACUCUGUGUCCUGUGAAGAUGAUUAUGUGUCUUCAUCUGCCCCAAGCCAGUUUCAAGAUGUUUCGUUAAAUUUAACGUGCUCCCAGCCGUCGGGCUCGGAAAGCAAUAACGCUUGUCAAAGUGAUAAAUUUAAAAUUGCGACGAUCCGCACGCCAGUAGCUCACACUGCGGUAAACAUUGUGCAAAAAAUGUUUGCACCAUCAAGUUCGCAGUCUGACUGUACACCCCUCAGGAAGAUUGAUCAGGGCUGGCUGGAAAGAUGUGCGAAAGCCAAUGAUUUGCACUGCAAACCUUCAUUGCAAAAUGACUCGGGGAUCGAGUCGCUGGGAUCGAAUGCGAAGUCAUCAAUUUCCCCUGAGGCGGAGUGCCUUAAUUUUAAACCUUGUACUAUGUUUGACUCUGUAUUCGACAAUGCUGUCGUUGCUGAUAGUUUUCAAAACAAAAAGUUCGGCGAGUCCUUUGCCAGCGAUGAAGAUAUUGUGGAUGACAGUGGGUCUGAAACCGAAUCCCAAUCCAGAUUUAGUUUUGGAAUCAAGCGGAAAUCGUGUAGUUAUACCACCCAUACCAAUACGCCAUUGGUAACAAACAGAAAGCCCGAUAAAAAGUGCAAAUUUGACGUUGAUGCUGACAACCUCAUAUCUAGAAAAUCUUGCGACAAAACCUCGGCUUCCCCCAGUUGUCUAAGUGAAGGCACUCCUAAAGAAUGCUCGAAGACUGUGAAGGAAAUCGACGUGUACGAGAUUGCAAAUACCAUAGUCGAGGAAGAGAAGCAGAUCUCGAAGAAAACCAAGAAGAAAGGCGGGAAAUUGUCGAAAAAAGAACUGCUGGAGAAGAAGAUGUCUUCGGGCCAGGCAAACGACAACUACGUCAGCAUAAACUUGAAGAAGAAGAUUUAUGCGCGGGGCAAGAAGACUGUGAACUUCUCCAAGUACAAGAAGCUGGAGUGGAAGAAGAAGAAGAGGGCUGCUGGCUUCGCCGGUUGCUCCGACGACACUCCGGCGAACAGCGGGGGCGGAGGCCUGCUGACUUGCUUCAGCUGUGGCGACGUUGGCCAUUACGCGAGGAACUGCCUCAACAAAGGGGACAAGUUGUUGCCGCAAGAUGAGGGUGAAGAAGAAGACGAAAGUCCGUUCCCAACUCUGGAGCAGGCGGAAGCAAUGGCUGCAGAACUCGCGCAGCCGAACGUUAGAAGAACGUUCCAACUGGGAAGGGAAGAACUAGAGGUUCGGAGUUUGGCUGAACAGAAAGAUUUACCUGAUUCUAUGAAAGAAGAAUUGGGAAUUGAGACCUUGCCUCCAUCCAAGGUACCACCUGUGUACAAACUAAAUGAAGAUGGUUCACUUAUAGACACGCCGCUGGAGGUGGUGGCGGCGCUGCUGAAGUUCGGGCACCGGCGGUUCCGCCCGGGCCAGGAGGAGGCCGUCAUGAGGGUGCUGUCGGGGCUGUCCACCCUCGUGACCCUGUCCACCGGCGCGGGCAAGUCCCUGUGCUACCAGCUGCCGGCGUACGUCUACGCCCAGCGGAGCCGCUGCGUCACGCUGGUCGUCUCCCCGCUCGUCUCGCUCAUGGAGGACCAGGUGACGGGGGUACCGGCGUGUCUGCGCGUCGCCUGCCUCCACACGGCCCAGACGCCCAAGCAGCGCCAGGCCGUGGCGGAGGCGGCUGGGGCCGGCCGCCUGGACGUGCUCCUGGUGUCUCCGGAGGCCGUGGUGUCGGGCGACCGCGCGACGGGAUUCAGCGCCUUGCUGCGCCAGCUGCCGCCCGUGGCCUUCGCCUGCGUCGACGAGGCGCACUGCGUGUCGCAGUGGUCGCACAACUUCCGGCCCUCCUACCUCAUGGUCUGCCAGGUGCUGAGGGAGAAGCUCGGGGUGAGCACGAUCCUGGGGCUGACGGCGACGGCGACGGCGGCGACUCGGGCGGGCAUCGCGCCGCACCUGGGCGUGCCCGACGGGGAGCGGGGAGUCAUCAGCGACGUCCCCCUGCCGGCCAACCUCCUGCUGUCGGUGUCCCGGGACCCCGAGCGGGACCGGGCCCUGGUCGGCCUGCUGGGCGGGAGGCGCUUCGCCCCCUGCGGCUCAAUCGUCGUGUACUGCACGCGGAGGGAGGAGUGCGAGCGGCUGGCCGCCCUGAUCCGGACGUGCCUGCAGGACGCGCACGGUAGGAAGGCCAAGAAGUCGAGGUUGUCGGAGGUGGCAGAGCCGUACCACGCGGGGCUCAGCGCCGCUCGCCGCAAGCAGGUGCAGAAGUUGUUCAUGUCAGGCGAGCUGAGGAUCGUGGUGGCGACGGUGGCCUUCGGCAUGGGCAUCAACAAGCCGGACAUCCGCGGAGUGAUCCACUACAACAUGCCCCACAGCUUCGAGAGCUACGUGCAGGAGGUGGGGCGUGCCGGGAGGGACGGCCUGCCGGCUCAAUGCCACCUCUUCCUCGACAGCAAGGGCCGGGACAAGAACGAGCUGCGCCGGCACAUCCACGCGGACUCGGUGGACCGCCACACGGUGCGCCGGCUGCUGCAGCGGGUGUUCGUGGGCUGCAAGUGCGCGACGGCGGGCGCGCCCUGCCCGGGCCACGAGGUGGCCUUCCCCCUGGACGACACGGUGCUGGCCCUGGACCUGCCCCGGGAGAACGUGCUCACCCUGCUGUGCUACCUGCAGCUGGACCCGCGGCGGUGGGCGAGCGUCCUGCCCCCCGCGUACACCCUCUGCAAGGUCGUCAGCUACAAGGGCCCCUCCGCCUUGCGCCGCGCCGCCGGCACGUGCGCGCCCCUGGCCAUGGCGAUAGCUCUGGACCAGCGUCGAGGCGUGUCCCACGAGAAGAGCAACAUCAUAGAGUUCCCCGUCGUGGAGGUCGCCGCCGCCAUCGGCUGGGACAGCGGGCUGGCCAAAGCUCGCCUCAAGAACCUGGAGUGGCAGAAAGUGGGCGACAAGUGGCGCCGGACGGGCCUGGCCGUGGAGUUCUCGCGCCUGGGGUUCCGUGUGGCGGCGCGGGGCGACCUGCCCGCGCGGGAGCUCGACGAGGUUCUGGACACGCUGCACGCCCGCGUGCGCGGCCGGGAGGCGGCCGCGCUGGCGCAGCUCGAGUCCGUGUUCGCCGCGCUCACCGCGGUCUCGUGUCCGGAGUACAAGGAGUGCUCGGAGGAAUGCAACAUCGACAGAAGUGAGCAGCUGAAGGGAAUAAUAAGGGAAUAUUUCCAGCGAGAGCAGGUUGCCUGUGAUCUGCCGUCAGAGGAGGGACUGCGGAACGAGGACCAGGUCGCAGCGGACGUCCGGGCGCUGGUGUGCGGCUACCGGGACACCGGCUUCACGGGGCGGGCCGUCGCGCGCAUCUUCCACGGCAUCGCCAGCCCCUGCUUCCCGGCGCAGGUGUGGGGCCGGUGCCGGUUCUGGCGGGCGCACCUCGACAAGGGCUUCCAGGCGCUGUGCAGGGUCGCCACCCGCGAGAUCCUCCACCUCAAGUGAGCUUGUCUCGGGCCUCCCGUGUCGUACCUCAUCUGGACCGUCAGGGGACUGACUUGAAAACGCACGGGAAUCCCGCGGUGAUCGUAAUUUGACAAGGGGAAAAAAUGCCAUGUUCCAGUCCAAGUCGCCUACACCAGGGGUCGGCCCUCUCGUACCUCAAACAGAGCAUCCACAUUCUGGACUGUCAGGGAAUCGGCUUGAUAUUCCGGGGAAACGCGCGGGAAUUCCACGGCGGUCGUAAUUUGACAAGGGGAAAAAAUGCCGUUUUUCCAGUCUGCCAUCACCUACAACCAGGGGUCGGCAGAAUUUAUCUAGUGAGAUGAGCCAGAUAUUAGGCAAACAGAUUCUCCAAUUUUUCAGACAGCAGCAUCGUGUAUUUUCUCUGUACGUACAUGGGAUUUUAAGAUGAUAUAAAAAUAAAGAAAAGAAAUAAAAUCUAAAUUUUUUAUUCACAAAUUCAACACACAAGUCUUAAAAAUAAAAGGCUACUUAAGGAAAAAAAAAAUUGUCAAUGUAAAAAAAAAAUAUGGUAGUCGUUAGUUGAGCUCUACUGAUGCAACAAGAAAACUUAAAUUAUUUUCAUUAAUGAAUAAUUAAAAUUAAAAAAACGUGGUGGUAGUGUGUAAGCGAGCAGGUUAAAGACCUGCAUUUUUUUUUUGUGCUGUCGCAGCGCAGAGAGGUUGUAGAGCCCUAAAAGCCAGUGAAAAGAGCUGCAUGCGGCUUGCAAGCCACCACCUGCUGACCCCUGACCUACACGGUGAAAGCUUUUUUUUUUAAAAAAAAAUGUUUGUUUUAUUGUGUAUUUGUACUCACUAUAAAAUUGUUUAUAGUAUUGGAGAUGGCUGGAUUUUGGUAAUUUACCUGUUUUAUAACUUUCUGAAAGAAAUAAUUAGUAAAAAUAAAAAUUAAUCAAGGAAUAUUUAAAUCUUUGAUAAAUAAAAGUCAGGGAAAUGUCAGGAAAAAAAAUGAUCACAGGUUUAAGUGAACACUUUGGAAUAGAAACAGUAUGCUUAAAGAACAUUUGCACUAUGUCAGGUCACAAAAGUCUUCAAAUAGUAACUAAAUUGAAGGACUGGUUAUGAACGCUACGAAAAAGUCCUGAAAUAAAUUUUAACCAUUUGGAAGUCACAAAACUUUUAUUUAAUCGAACUUACAUUUUUUUUAUUGACGCUUCACUUCAACUUGUAUUUGCAUAUUGAAUCUAAAUAGUUAGUGACUGUUCACUUACAUCACGUGAGAAUUAUUUCUGAAAAGUUAGUACGUUUCUAACUUAAAAAUAGACGUGAUCCUGUAAAUAGAGGAUGUUUUUCUUAUUUAUUAAAAUAAGCCUCUUGAAAAAAAAUUUAAUAUUUUAUUAAAUAUCUUAAAAGGGCCAUGAAAUUGGUUUACCAGGUAUUUGUAGAACCCCUGACUUAUAUUCAGUAUAUUUCCAUUUAAGUUGUUCUAAGUAGUAAUGGUAAAUAACUUUAGUUAAAAUUUUUAUAUGUAGGUAUUCUUUGAGUGAACUGUUUAUACUCUCUCUGUUUGAUGUACCUUCUUGUAUUGAUGCACAAAGAAACCAUUAUUAUUUUUUUUUUUUAAUAUGUGACAUUUAUGUAGCAUCAAUGUUUUACCUUGAUACAAUUUUAAAGAAUGUGUUUUGAAUUUUUGAUUAAAUGUAAUUUGUAUGUUCGUCUACAUGACUGUUGUACUUUUGCAUGUUUAAAACUUAACUGUGAUGUCUCUGAUGAGGUAGAAAUAGAAAUAUUUCUUUGAAUGUAAAUGCACUAGCACUCCUAUUGGAUAUAUUGUUACAUGUUUUCGAACAUGUUAAAAGGUGCUGAAAUAAACCUGACAAGUA